AUGGCACUUGCGACGGCAGAAGCACUCCUAGCAGUUGCAACCGGUAUGUCAGCCACGCCAUGGGGACCAGCUUUAAUUGCAGCAGCCACGACUGCAGUUGUAGCUGCUGCAGCUGCAGUUGCUGGCUUCCAGAUGCAGUUGACCAAUGCAGAACAGAGACUGGCAGCAGCGAGUGUGAAACGUGAGCAAGCUUUCGAUCUGCAUCAAGCAGCAAAAGAAGCUAAAAGCAAGGCACAAGAAAGUGUUACCACUGAGACGAAAACACUUGAAACCAAAAAACAAGAAUUAGCUCGACAGGAUAAAACGAAAAAGGCAGCUCAACAGAAGCUCAAUAAACAAAAAGGGGUGGUGGAAAAAGCUACUAGUUCUCAACGCAAAGCUGAACAAGAAUUAGCUAAAGCAAAAGAAAAAGUGACAGCAGAAACAAAAGAAGUUCAUAAUGCUGAAGCUGAAGUUAAAAAACAGACGGACAAGGUAGCAAACUCUGCAAAAGAAGUAGCCAAUCUCCAAAAAGGCCAAGCAGAAGCUCAACAAGCACUUUCUGAAUCCGAAAACAGAUUCAAAGAUGCCCAAACUAAACUUCAAGCCGCUGAAAGCAAUCUCAGAGCAAAUACAGAGCAGCUCACAGCUAAACAACAAGGCGUUCAAGAGGCAACAGCCCAAGUUGCUCAGAAGCAACAGCAAACCGAUGCUAAACAAGCUGAACAUGCUGGUAAACAAGGAGCAGUGCAACAAGCUAAGAAUAAAGUGGGUAAAAUCGAUCAAGACCUAGCAUUAGCAAAUGCGGAUAAAGGAAAAUUAGAAAAGGAAAAAGCGUCACAGGGAAAUGCACUUCGCAUGGAACAAGGAAAACAUCAGCAACUCACUGUAGAACAGCAAGACGCAAAGGCAAAAGCUGCCUCAACAGAACAACAAAAACAACAACUUCACAAACAAGUACAGAAUUUACAAACUCAGCUACAUGCUGAAAAUGGACUUAUGAUGCAAAAGAGUGGUGCACUUGACAAGAUUAAGACUGACUUGAAAGCGAAUGAACAACAGAAGACCCGGCUGCAAUCUCAGCAUGACGAACGAACUGCACAUCAUGAACAAAUCAGAGGAUCGAUUCGUGAAAAUGAACGAGGUCUGCACGAAAAUGAAAGAAAUAUGAAAGAAGUAGAACAAAACAUAUUAAAACAAGAAGCAGCUAAACAAAUGAGCGAACGUAAAAUGGUUGAGACUGAAAAGCAACUUCGUGAUACAAGUGAACGACUUCAACAAUUAUCGAAUCAAAUUGAACAGAAGCAACAGGCUUAUAACGAACAACACAGUCGAUGUACUAAACUCAGAGCUGAUGUCGAGCAACGUCGAGAAGCAAAACAACGUCUAGAGACGAAGGUAGCAGAUGUUCAAAGUCGUUGGAUGUCGAAGAAAAAUUGGGCGAUAGAUGCGACGAAAAAUGUAAAUCAACGCAAUCAAGAAAUAGGCAAUAUCAAGCGAGCUAGUCUACAAAAGACAAUAGCUAAUCAACAACAACAGCAGAGACAGAAUGAUACACUCGAUAGUCGCUUAGAACAACGACGACAGAGACAACACCAAAUAGCCCUACCAAACUCAAACAAUGCUGUUGAUAAUCGAGUAGGACAACAGAAACAUCACAAUACCGUAUUGCACGAUUCAAAUAAUCCUAUCUUCAAUCGAUUAAGACUACAAGAGCAACAACAAACAGAGAGACAAUAUAGUGUGAUUCCACAUAAAUCAAGUAGUGUAAUUGAUAAUGAAUUAGAGCAUGAACAGCAGCAGCAAGUUCAUCGUAGAUAA